AAUAUGUGCGCAUACUCUGUUUCCUCUUCCUUCCUGUCUGGCGUUCCUCUGCAGUCACAGCGUUCUGUAGUUUCCGUGUCAAGCUUCACAACACAAAAAUGGCGUUCACAUUCGCGGCCUUUUGUUACAUGCUCGCUCUAUUGCUUACGGCCGCUCUUAUUUUCUUCGCCAUUUGGCACAUAAUUGCAUUUGAUGAACUGAAGACUGAUUACAAGAAUCCCAUUGAUCAAUGUAACACAUUGAAUCCGCUUGUGCUCCCGGAGUAUCUCAUCCAUGUGUUCUUCUGCGUGAUGUUCCUGUGUGCUGCUGAGUGGCUCACCCUCGGCCUCAACAUGCCACUGCUGGCCUACCACGUCUGGAGGUAUAUGAGCAGGCCGGUGAUGAGUGGUCCAGGCCUCUAUGAUCCAACAACAAUCAUGAACGCUGACAUCCUGGCCUUCUGUCAAAAGGAGGGCUGGUGCAAACUGGCCUUCUACCUCCUCUCCUUCUUCUACUAUCUCUAUGGGAUGAUCUACGUGUUGGUGAGCUCUUAGAGUGGUCAGAGGAAUGAUCUGCAUGUACGAGAUGAAACACUGUGGUUUUAGUGGAGAGGCUGAAACCGGGACCUGCAGGAAGACUGAUUAUUUACCACAGAGGCGAUACAAGAUGUCUGCCGUUUCAACAGGAUGGACUAACCUAACCUCCACUACCCAGAGCAGACAUUACUAAACAAACAACAUUUCUCCCUUUUUUUCCCAUUUUUUUUUUUUCAAAUUGGGUCAUAGCUUUCCUCUCGUUCAUAGUUUUAGUCAGUCCACUGAAUGCUUUCUGAGAGGAAGACUAACAGCGACAGACAUUUGGACCCCCCCAUUAGGUCUGAUGCUUUAAAAUAGUUUUAUUUUUACCCCCCCCCACCCCUCCCUACUUUUGACUGUUUACAAAUUAGAAGAGAUUCUGUUGUGAUCAACACCGUCAGUUAUAUUCAGAGCUGUGUUGCUUAUUAUCUAAUAAAUACUGUAUUAAGGAUGUGAAUUAUACGCCAAGCUUGUGAAAAUGUAUUUUGUGUUGGGGUUGUCAUAAUUACAUGCUUAUUCAAUUGUAGGAUAUUGAAAAUACUUGUCUUGCCCAGACACAUUUGAAAAGUAGAACUCACCUAAGUAGGUGUGUAAGUCUUAUCUUGAUCACCUGAUGGAAAAUGUGUUGCACUGACUGGGACAAUCAGUAUGGUUGUCUUAUAUCAAACUAUUUGAUACAUUUAGUUUAGGUUUACUAUGCUUUCUGAAAACUUCUACUUUUGUGACCCCUCGUUAUACAUACUUGCUUUUAAGGGGCGUUUGUUUGUAGUUGCUAAUAAGGCUAUUUUGAUGUGACGCUACAGCAAUCCAGAGUAGACAUUUCUGAAAUGUGUGAUCAUAACGUUCCUACUGAGGCAUAUCUGUAACCAUUGAACUUGCUAUGUACUCAAAAACCAAUUCCAUCAUGUACCCGUUUAGAUUUGAUUUUACUUUAUUGCAUUGGUUUAAAAAAUGUUUUUCAAUUUUGGCUACCAAAAAAAAUAUCAAUUUAUUUAUUUGAGAAUGUGUCUUCUGCCAAGUUUCACACUCCUAUUUUGUGACCAUUUCAGGAUUUCUAAUCAGGUCUUGAUUUGAUUUGAUUUCCAUUUGCAGGAAUCUGACUACUUUCUAAAAAGAUAAAGAAUAUUUAUCCCAA